UUUCGCACACCAUCAUUAGCAAAUUAGCACAAAACACAAAUUUCCUCUGGGGCAAAAGGGAAUAAGUCUACUUUGUAUAUUGGAACAUUUCCCAUUCUAGUUAUACUGCUACAGGACAAACUACUUAAACAUGAGGCAGCUUGAGUUUGAAAGAGUGUUAGUAAUCGGGGCACCUCUUUUUGGGGCUUUACAGCAUUACACUAUAAAUGAAGGAACUGAUGAAAUAUGGGUAAAUUUCCCUCAAUCAGAAAGCUAGUGCUACAUUCUCUACUCUGCCACUUGAUGGAGCCAGAACACUUCAAUCACGUCUUCUCUCUUUGCACUGCCUUUAUCAACACUGCUGUAAUGAUAGAGUUGAAGUACUGAGAGGAUAAACGUGGAACAAAAAAGCUACACUGAGGAAACAUGACUCAUUCUUCCAUUCAAUCAAGCACACACAACUUCCCAUCUCAGUUCCUCAUCUUGUGUUUCGCUCCCUGUCAAAGACUUUUCAGAUCCUUUCAAUUAGAGACUUCCUCCUCCUGCAGAUCUCCUUGCAGACCCCAUGCACACAGUGUGGAGUGAUGAGUCGUGUGUGCACCCCUGCCACACACACAACACAACAUACAACAACCUAUUGUGCUUUAGUAAAGGCAAGUAAAAGUAUGAUGCUUGAGUGAGCAGGCGAAAGGGAAGCUGAAGUCUCUCUGACGCACCUGUAGUGGGCCGACACUCCCACCACCCACUUCCACUCCUAAAGGAAAGAUCUCGGUUCUGUCCCCAGUUUGGACCUCUAAGUCCGUGGGAAAAUAUGGGCAACAUGGCAACAGAGAUCGUCGCCUUUCUGCUAACCAUUUCAGGUUGGAUUCUGAUCUCGUCCACUCUACCCACAGACUACUGGAAGGUGUCCUCUGUGGACGGGACGGUCAUCACUACGGCCACGUUCUGGUCCAAUCUAUGGAAAACAUGCGUGACGGAUUCCACCGGAGUGUCCAACUGCAAAGACUUUCCUUCAAUGCUGGCUCUGGAUGCCUAUAUCCAGGUGUGCAGGGGUCUGAUGAUCGCCUCUGUAUGCCUGGGUUUCUUUGGCGCCACGCUCGCCUUGGUGGGAAUGAAAUGCACGAAAAUAGGCGGCUCGGAGACCACAAAGGCUCGCCUGACUGUCCUCUCUGGCAUCCACUUCAUUCUAAGUGGCCUAUGCUGCAUGACUGCAUGCUCCAUAUAUGCACACAGGAUCACAACUGACUUCUUUGACCCCCUCUUUGUUGCUCAGAAGUUUGAGCUCGGAGCGGCUCUCUUCAUCGGCUGGGCUGGAUCCGUGCUGUGUAUCCUCGGAGGGUUUGUCUUCUGUCUCUCCCUGUCUGAAGGCUCCAGUAUGAGGGCUGAAUACUCUUACAGAGGGUCUGCACCAUUUGUGACAGCUAGCAAGAAGCUCAGCAAGGCAGCAAACAGCCUUCAUAAGGAACAAGGGGAGCCGUCGAGGCAGUUUGGGAGGAAUGCUUAUGUGUAAAUUUGUACUAUUUCUUAAUAGAUUACAAGUUAAAUUCAUGUUUAUACCUUUGGGGCCAACUCUUCUUUAUUAUGGUGGAUGGUGGACUGCCUGAAAGACUUUUUCCUUUAGGGCAGGAAAUUUGAUUUGGCAGAAAACACUGCUCAAACUCGUGGGUCACCUUCAACACGCUGGCCUUUCCUCCCUGUCUGACUCACACUGGGCACGUAUUAUAUCUGUGUUAAAUAACCAACAUUUGAAUGAGGCUGCAUUGAUUCUGAAACACACAGAAAGCUUACACCUUUUGUAUAAACUUACAGCUAUGACUUUAAUUAUAUGAAUACAAUUGUUGUUGUAAAUUCAGUGGUUGUAAAAAUGUCUGUUGUAUUUUCUC